GUUCCUACCACCAUCCUCAACAUCACGAAUCGCCAAGAUAGGUCUGGAUAACCACAGAGCCUACAAAGACUGAUAUAUCAAGUCUAAGAGCUUUCCUCGACCUUGAAAGGAUUGCUUGUCAUAUUCCGACCACGUCUUGCCCAGGUUACUUGCGACUUCAGAAUCCGCGGCGGGCGACAAGUAGCUCUUCUCCGACAUCUUUGCGACUUCAAGUGCCUAGAAAUCAGGCUCACGCUCCCAAUCAAGCUUCUGACGCCGCUUGUUUCCUCGGAAAGAUGGUCGCCCUCUUUGUGUACGAAAAGGACAUGCAUGAUCCGACUCCGGACAUCCCUUCCCUCGAAGGAAAGGUCAUCUUCGUCACCGGUGGAACAGCAGGCCUAGGCAAAUCCACAAUCCUCGCCUUGCUAGCCCACAACCCAUCACGCAUCUACUUCUCAGGCCGUUCCCACGCCUCCGCCAAAGCCCUCAUCGAGGCCGCUGCCGCCAUCUCUUCCCCCGCAUCUUCAUCCGCAGCCUCCUCCCCUCCUCCCCUAACCUUUAUUCCCCUAGACCAAACUUCCCUCCCCUCAAUCCGCGCCGCCAUCAGAAAACACUUCACCCACACCCGCCUCGACAUCCUAAUCAACAACGCAGGCAUCAUGGCCGGCGCCGCAGGCCUGUCAGCCGACGGCUACGAGAUCCAGUUCGCUACGAAUCAUCUCGGUCACGCCAUGAUUGUGCGCGAGCUCCUGCCCGUCUUACUACGUACCGCCGAGGGAUCCGGGUCUGGAUCUUCGUCCAGCGGUGGCGGCGGUAGUGAUGCCCCGGCAGACGUACGCAUCAUCAACCUCACGUCCGUCGGGUACCAAGCCCACCCAAGCGAUGGCAUCUCCUUUGACACGCUGAGUACGACGCAAGCUGGACCACCGGUGCUGGGACAAUGGAUUCGAUACGGCCAAAGCAAACUCGCAAACAUCCUCUACACCCGCUCCCUCGCCCGCCGCCACCCCACAAUCACAACCCUCGCAAUCCACCCAGGCCUCGUCAACACAGGCCUCGUAACAAACCAAAGCCGCCUCAACCGCCUCCUCGUCUACCUCCCGCAAAAGAUCAUGGGGUCUACGGUCCUGACGCCGGAGCAAGGCUGCUGGAACCAGGUCUGGGCCGCUGCCGCCGCGAAGAAGGCGGAUCUCGUGAAUGGUGGGUUUUACAUGCCUGUCGGGCACCUGGCGGAUGAUAAGCUUGGUGAGAUGGCGACGGAUGAUGAGUUGGCUGGGAGGCUUUGGCGAUGGUCGGAGGAUGUUUUGGAUCGGGUUGAGUGAGGGUGUUGCAGGGUCGUAUGAGAGUGUUGUCAACCUCAAGUGUACAUCAAGUAUAAAUUUUAUUUCCUCAUCAUUUCGUAGAUUCAAAUCUACACGGAGAUAAACAUGGCG